UUUACUCUCAGGCCAGUCAAGGUUGAAGAUAUUUUUACAAAGUUUGGGUUUCUGACUCCUGAACCUAAAAAUCAAGACAAAAAUGUCUUCGUUCCUGCAGAGGUAAACCAAACAUUCGAAACAAUUAAAAGUGGCUUCCCUUCAGACAAUCUGGUAGCAUGCGUCUCAAAGGAAGAAGUUUGGAUCACUGGUAAAGAUAAAAUAAUGAAGCGUUUUGACAGCCAAAAUACCCUUUUAGAGACAGUUGAUACGUUAACGGGAAAUUGGCCCUGCGAUGUAUGUUUGACCAAACAUGGAGAUCUUUUGUAUAGCGACUGGAACGAUAGGAGUGUGAAUCUUGUAAAUGGCGGGCAAAUUAAAAGAACUGUUGCACUGGACGGGUGGAAACCUUCAGGAAUUUGUCCCUCGUGUGUUGGCGAACUUCUGGUGUGCAUGCAGAGUCAUAAUGUGCACGAAAGCAAGGUUGUCCGAUUCUCGAAGUCCGUUGUAAUACAGGAAAUACAGUACGGUAGUAAUGGGAAGCCUCUUUAUAGCAGUGGCGGUUACACGAUGUUUAUAGCUGAAAAUAGAAACUUGGACGUCUGCGUGAGUGACUUUCGAGCACGUCAGGUUAUAGUGGUGAGUCAGUGGGGCAAACUUCGCUUCAAGUAUGACGGAAAAAUCAGCUCAGAACGGGCUUUCUCACCAUAUGCCAUUGACACAGACAAGAUGUCGAGGAUAUUUAUAGUGGACAGCGGAAGUCGUUGUAUCCACGUGAUUGAUGCCGACGGCCAUUUUCUCGCCUUCAUUCCAGCAUGCGGGAAUAUUGAACCGCUUGGACUGAGCAUGAAGGAUGGCGUUAUGUUCGUUGGAAGUGGCAAUAGUGACAUUGUUAACUGUAUGAAGUACAAUAAUUACAUAUAA